AUGGGGCCUCCCUGCCCAGAAAUCCGUGGGCACCCCCACAGUACCUCCUCACCUUCAGAACGCGUGUUCUCGAUGCCCCUGCCUCGGAAGGCCCCUCUCAAUACUCCUGGCACCCCCGUCCUUGAAGACUUUCCCCAGAAUGACGACGAAAAGGAGCGACUGCAGCGGAGGCGCUCCCGAGUCCUGGACCUGCAGUUCAGUGCAGACUCGCCUCAUUUGCUAGCCUCCCCAUCGAGCAGGAAUAUUGACGUUUCAGCCACGAUUCCUAAAUUUACAAAUACACAGAUUACAGAACAUUACUCCACCUGUAUCAAACUAUCCACUGAAAAUAAAAUUACUACCAAGAAUGCUUUUGGUUUGCACUUGAUUGAUUUCAUGUCAGAGAUUCUUAAACAGAAAGACACCGAACCGACCAACUUUAAAGUGGCCGCUGGCACUCUGGAUGCCAGCACCAAGAUCUACGCUGUGCGGGUGGACGCUGUCCAUGCCGAUGUAUACAGAGUCCUCGGGGGGCUGGGCAAAGAUGCGCCAUCUCCAGAGGUAGAGAACCAUGAUGCAGAUGGAAGUGCUACUGAGACAGGAACUACCAAAAAGGCUCAAAAGCCAAAGAAGAAGCACUCCUGCAAAACCAUCGAACAGAAUAUAAGCAACCUCAAUGUCUCUGAAGCAGAUCGGAAGUGUGAGAUUGAUCCCAUGUUUCAGAAGACAGCAGCCUCAUUCGAUGAGUGCAGCACAGCGGGGGUAUUUCUCUCGACCCUUCACUGCCAUGACUACAGAAGUGAGCUGCUGUUUCCUUCCGAUGUCCAGACUCUCUCCACUGAAGAACCCCUGGAGUUGCCAGAUUUAGGUUGGGUAGAAAUGACAGAUUUAAAGGCGCCCUUGCAACAGUGUGUGGAAGAUUGCCAGAUCUGCCCUUCCCUGGCCGGGUUCCAGUUCACUAAAUGGGACAGCGAGGCACAUAAUGAGUCCGUGUCUGCCCUGGUAGACAAGUUCAAGAAAAACGAACAGGUGUUUGACAUCAACGCCGAGGUAGAGGAGGAUGACUGCGGGGAUUUUCCUGAUGGGCCCAUGGAGGACGACUUUGAUGCGAAUGACGAGCCUGAGCACAGCAUGGCUGGGGACAACGCUGAGUUCAGGAGCUGGAAGGAAACCUGCCACACUCACAGCUGCCCGGAAGAAAUGAUUCCCCUUGGGGAUGGAGACAUUAGGACCAUGUGCCCCCUUCUGUCCAUGAAACCUGGAGAAUAUUCCUAUUUUAGUCCCCGUACCAUGUCGAUGUGGGCUGGCCCGGAUCACUGGCGCUUUAGACCCCGACUCAAACAUGAUGCUGCCUCCAAAUCAGAAAACAAGAAGAAGAAUACAAAGAAAGAUUUUGAAAUUGACUUUGAUGAUGAUAUUGACUUUGACAUAUAUUUUCGAAAAACAAAGGCUGCUACUAUUCUGACCAAAUCCACUUUGGAGAAUCAGAAUUGGAGAGCUACCACUCUUCCUACGGAUUUCCUCUAUGAGACUGAUAAUCUUGUCCAGCUGCAUCUCAAACCAGGAACCAGGUUACUUAAGAUGGCCCAAGGCCAGAGGGCAGGAACUGAACAUUAUGAAGAAAUUGGAGACUAUGAUUACAACAACCCUAACGACACCUCCAACUUUUGCCCUGGAUUACAGGCUGCUGACAGUGAUUAUGAAGAGUCGGAUGAUUUAUUUGUGGGACCAGUUGGGACCUUUGACCUUACAUCUUGCCAUCCACCUAAAACAACACAAGAGAAUGAUGAUAUCCCUGAAGUCCAAGGAUUGGACAUCACCACUUAUGGGGAGUCGAAUCUGGUAGCUGAACCUCAGAAGGUAAAUAAAAUUGAAAUUCAUUAUGCCAAGACUGCCAAAAAGAUGGACAUGAAGAAGUUGAAGCAAAGCAUGUGGAGUUUGCUGACAGAGUUCUCCAAGCACGCAGACGCGGAGACAAACCACAGUGAAACUGGAAAAGAAGGGGACAUGGGAAAGGUGGCUGAUGAGAAGAUGCUCAGCGGGCUCACAAAGGACCUGCAGAAGAGCUUGCCUCCCCUCAUGGCUCAGAACCUCUCUAUACCUCUGGCCUUUGCCUGUCUCCUACAUUUAGCCAAUGAAAAGAAUCUAAAGCUGGAAGGAACUGAGGACCUUUCCGACAUUCUUGUGAGGCAAGGGGAUUGA